AUGAAUAAUCCAUUAACAGGUAUACUCAAAACAUCAUAUUCAAAAUUUAAUAGUAAUAUACGUAUUUUAUGUUCUGUAUGUUUAUGUUAUCGUUCGUAUGUAUUAUUUUCUACAAAUUAUUGUUGUUCAUCAUUAAAAAAACAUGUUCAACGUCAAGUGUGUGAUUCAUGUGUUCAUCAACAUAUUCUAUCAAAACUUUAUUCAUGUUUAGCUAGUUGUAUAAUAUGUCCAGAAUUCAAUUGUUCUCUUUAUUUAUCUUCAUCAGCUAUAUGUGAUAUACUUUUAAAAUAUGAAAGUAAUGAAUUAUUAAAUGAUUAUUUAUGUGAACAGCAAUGGCAAGGAAAAAGUGAUGAAUGGAUAAAAAGAUAUACUUUACGUUGUCCUGGAUGUUAUGUACCUAUUGAAAAAACUGGAGGUUGUGAUGAAAUGAUUUGUAUUCGAUGUCAAACACAUUUUUAUUGGUCUAAAGUGAAAAGAAAUAUGUCAGAAAAUAAAAAACAAAGAUUAAAAUCAUUUUCUGUUAUUCAUCCAUCUAUUGUUGUUAUUAUAUUCGUGAUCUUUCUUGUUUUUCUUAUCGUAGCAACUGUUAUCUAUUAUAAAUAA